AGUCAAACUAUUUUUAAUAAACAUUGUGUUUACUUGCAGUCCGAAAAUAAAGUCACAACCUUUCUCAUGUUUUUGAGCAUGCGUUUAAUUAACUUUUUGCUAAUUCUAGGCGCUUUUGUUGCAGCAGAAUUGCCGGUAACACCGCCAGCCAUAAUUUGGGGCGUUAAAUUACCCAAAUCACGGAGUAUUUUUGAAUAUGUGAGCCCGGAAACGCUUGUGGAAAUGCUGCAGCCAAAGGAGGCGACUCCACGUAUGAUAAUUGCAUACUUUGCGAACGACCUAACUUCAAAGGACUUUAGCUGCCUGGAACUCGAUUGUUUUCCCUUUCUGCGUCAGGUGAAGCCUUUCAACUACUACAGCCAAGUGCAUCAACCCUUGGCUGCUCUAAAAACAUUCGCUGAGCUGCGCAAUCGGACUUUAAUCUGGGAUAGUGCAACAUCGUUGCUUCAAACAACCUGUGUGCCUCAUGAGAUACACAUCUUUAACUUUACGGAUGGCCAAUUAAACAAACAUGAUAGCUUUAUGAAAUCCAUUUCGGAGCGGCUUAAAGACUGUCCACUUGUGCAAAUCUACACAGCUCACUUUGAGGAAUUCGAAGCACAACAGCGACGUCGCAAUCGAGAUGCUAGCAAAAAGAAUCGCCAGGAAUUGAUGCGAACUGUGGAACCAACCGCAAGCCAACGUCCUCAAGAGGCAAAAGUGUUGCGUAACUUGAUGGCCGUUGUCUCCAUCCAGAAGAUCAUGUUUGCCGAGGCGAUACAACGCGGCCAGAUCAUGAACUUCAAACGCACCCAAGUCGAGAUCUUAGACAGCAGCGAAGCACCACUGAAAUUGACACUGGCCGAUGCCAGCAACAUUCUAAAAGGAUACGUUGUGGAAAUUGCCACUUCGAUGGGUCCGCUGGCCAUCGAUGUGUUGCCUGUUUCGGGCAAUUGGCACAUUUGGCGCAUGCACUUCUACAAACAACAUUUUAAAGCUCGCGAUCUGUUGUUCUAUGGCAGAAAGUUUAGCUUCUGCUGUCACGAAAUGAAUCUUUACUCCGAGCAGGGUUCUAGCCUCACAUUCUCCAUGUUUUACAUGGAUGUCGAGAUGGAUCCAAAUGAAUUUACACCGAUGGAUUUGGACUAUGUGGCAAAGAGCUGUUGGCUUUGCCAGAAUUUCCUCACACCAAGCGUCACUCAGAUUCUGUUUGCUAUAGUCUUAUUGCUGAUCAUAUUGGGUGUCGGUUUGUCCAUGCUCCUCAGCAUAGGACGACCCAAGAAAUUCCCCUCCUCCAAUGAGCCAGAGCUCUAUGUGAAGGGUUAUGCCGAGCGAUAAACUGCUGAAGCUGACCUCGUUGCAUCGCAAUAAACAUAGCUGCUAAUUCACUUACAAAUCUAAUCACGAGAGCUGAAAACUGAGCUGAACUAAGUCGAGCACAAAGACGGGGACGGACAAGAGGAGAACAUUAAUAGUAAUAGUGUCAUUGUCGCAUUUUGUUAUUGUUAUGUUAUUGCUGUUGCUGCUUGAUGCACAGUUGCACUCUUGUUCGAAUAAACCGCGCUUCUUCGCUGUGCACGAAA